AUGGACUCCUACUCUGUGCAACAAGAAAGCGAACGCUUCCUUCACGAGCGAGUCCUCAACGACAAAACCCUGUUGCUCCCGUCUUCAUUUUCCGAAGCAGCAAAGAAGAUCAAGUUUGUUGGUCAAGAUCCGAAGCCAUUCAUUCCAACGCCCUGCAAGAUUACCGAGUCCGUCUCCGCUCUGUCGGGACUUGUUGCUGCUGCUGCCAGCGCCGUGGCAUCAGAUCGAUAUGGCAUCGACUUCCAGGAUGCCGAGGUCGAUACGGACCUUGCGACCCUCUUCCUCGAAUCCAUUCUCCUGCCCACUGUCAACGGCAAAUCCUUCCUGCAACAUCCCCACCUGCAGGCUGAGUUCAAGAAGGGUGAUUUAUACGCCAUGAAUAACCCUAUCCACCAGGAGGCCACGAACGUCUACAAAACAAAGGAUGGUCGCUGGUACCACCUCCAUGGUUCUAUGAACGCAACGGCGACCAUGGACAUGAUUGGCGUGGACGAACAGGAUGUUACGCGAGAGGAGGCCAUCAAGAUCUACGCUGAGAAGGUCGCCCAGCAUGACGCUGAAUUCCUAGAGAGAAAGUCAAAUGAGGAGGUGAAGGAAGCUGGUGUGACCUGUCUCACACCGGAAGAGUUCUUCGCUUCGGAGCAGGGAAAAAUCAUGGGCGCCGAGCCUCUGUGGAAUCGGAGAAGUGUGCCAGCUCCCCGGAGCUCAUGGCCUCAACAAAGCCAAUCCUCCGAAUUCAAGCCCCUCGCUGGAAUUCGUGUCAUUGACUUCUCGCGUGUGAUUGCCGCGCCCGUCAUAUCCAAGAUACUGGCUGUCCUCGGCGCCGAGGUUGUCAAGGUGACAAGCGAGCACUUGCCAGACAUCUCAAUUACCUGGCUGGACCUUAACACUGGAAAGAAAGACACUAAUAUUGACCUAAAGUCCGAGGAGGGGAAAAAUACGUUCUCAAAGCUCAUCGAGGGUGCUGACGUCCUGGUCGAUGGUUACCGGCCUGGUGUGCUGGCAAGGCUGGGAUUCGAUUCAGCGACCCUGAGAAAUAUUAAGGGAAACUUGGUAUAUGCUCGAGAAAAUUGCUACGGCUUCAAGGGGCCGCUGGCAUAUCGUUCUGGAUGGCAGCAGAUUAGUGACUGCUUGGUCGGCAUCUCGUGGCUUCAGGGGAAAUUCAUGGGUCUCGAUGAGCCAGUCGUUCCCCUAUUGCCGAAUUCUGACUAUCAAACGGGCCUCAUAGGAGCCGCUGCGAUAUUACAAGCUCUGCUCGAACGCACAAAGGGCGACGAAACAUUCGAUGUUGACGUCAGCUUGACUCAGUACAACAUCUGGUACUACCAGCUUGGUCAGUACGACGAGGAACAGUCGAAGGCACUUUUGGCCCGCAAUGAAGGAUUCCACGUGAGGCAUUACGACGAAAUGCAGACCUUGUUGCUUAAAUCAUACGCUGCGAUUCUGAAGGUGAAACCAGACAUUCUCGAACGUCCGGGGUAUUUCUGGGAGAUGACGGGCAAGGAUUGGGGAAUGGAAGAUGACAUUAAGAUUCUGGCGCCGCCAUUCAAGCUCGCGAAGUCGAAGCUGGAAUAUAUAGUACCGUCUGGAUCAAAGGGGAGAUCGAAGCCAGAGUGGUAG